AUGGGAUGUACACUGAGCGCCGAGGAGCGCGCCGCUCUUGACCGGAGCAAGGCCAUCGAGAGGAACCUGAAGGAGGACGGACAGACGGCCGCCAAGGACGUCAAGCUGCUGCUGCUCGGCGGCGGGGAGUCCGGUAAAAGCACCAUCGUCAAACAGAUGAAGAUUAUCCAUGAAGAUGGCUUUUCUGGGGAUGAUGUGAAGCAGUAUAAGCCUGUGGUCUACAGCAACACCAUCCAGAGCUUGGCAGCCAUCCUCCGAGCCAUGGACUCACUGGCCAUCGAGUUUGGAGACAAGGAUAGAAAAGCCGAUGCCAAGCUGGUGUGUGAUGUGGUCACUCGUAUGGAGGACACAGAGCCGUACUCUGCAGAGCUUCUCACAGCAAUGACGCGUGUCUGGACCGACGCUGGCACUCAGGAGUGCUUCAGCCGUGCCCGUGAAUACCAGCUGAACGACUCUGCUCAAUACUACCUUGACAGUCUAGAUCGGAUCGGGGCACCAGACUAUCAGCCCACAGAGCAGGACAUCCUGAGAACCCGAGUGAAGACCACUGGUAUCGUUGAAACCCACUUCACCUUCAAAAACCUCCAUUUCAGGCUUUUUGACGUGGGAGGUCAGAGGUCAGAGAGGAAGAAGUGGAUCCACUGCUUUGAAGAUGUGACAGCCAUUAUCUUCUGUGUCGCUAUGAGUGGAUACGACCAGGUGCUCCAUGAAGACGAGACUACUAACCGCAUGCACGAGUCGCUCAUGCUCUUCGACUCCAUCUGUAACAACAAGUUCUUCAUCGACACCUCCAUCAUCCUCUUCCUCAACAAGAAGGAUCUGUUUGCUGAGAAGAUCAAGAAGUCCCCACUGACGAUCUGUUUUCCAGAAUACACAGGUGCUAAUACUUACGACGAUGCUACUGCAUAUAUUCAGGUUCAGUUUGAGAGUAAGAACCGCUCUCCCAAUAAGGAGAUCUACUGUCACCUGACCUGUGCCACAGACACAGGUAACAUCCAGGUAGUGUUUGAUGCCGUCACUGACAUCAUUAUUGCAAACAACCUGAGAGGGUGUGGCUUAUACUGA